AUGGCUAACACAGAGGACCAAGGAAUGGAGAUACACACAAAUCCCAUAGAAAAGCUCAGGGCACAGUGCUUGGCAAGAGGCUCAGCUGGCAUUAAGGGGCUGGCCAGAGUUUUCCACAUCAUGGAUGAUGAUAAGAGCAGGUCCUUAGACCUAGCAGAGUUUGUGAAGGGCCUGAGCUCAGCUGGCAUCACGCUGGGAAGCAGGGAGGCACAGCAAAUCUUCAGCCUCUGUGACAAGAACAGCAGCGGCACGAUGGAUUUUGAGGAGUUCCUGGAAGCCCUGAGGCCACCCAUGUCGGCUGCCAGGAAGCAGAUUAUAGUUGAUGCAUUUCACAAACUGGACAAGACUGGAGCCGGCGUGGUGAGCGUGGAGGAUCUCCAUGGGGUGUAUGACGGCAGAACUCACCCCAAGUACCAGAGUGGGGAAUGGACAGAGGAGCAGGUGUUCCGAGCAUUCCUGGACAGCUUUGACUCACCCAGUGACAAGGAUGGAAAGAUCACAGCCGAGGAGUUCCUGAACUACUACAGUGGGGUCAGCGCAUCCAUUGACAGUGACGACUACUUCGUGGCUAUGAUGAAGAGAGCCUGGAAGCUGUAGCACAUGUGGGGAAUCCAGUGCAGUCCUGGAAGAUGCUAAGUUAGAACCAGAUCAGGGCAGUUUCCAAGAAAUCCUAUUCAGCAUUUCAUAGCAAAAUGCUGCUUUUUGUAGUGAUCAAAUUGCUUGUCACCAAGAGGCCCAGCUUUGAGUUAUCAGGCCUUUCCAGAAGCUGUGAAAUCUUGACACCUGCCUGCAGAAUAGAGAAUCAUAGAUUAGAGUUGGAAGAGACCUC